GAGCUGUUAGCCAACCGCCAAUAAUGUCAGAAGAAGCAGCAGAAGCAGAAUCUUGCUGUUUUGUGCCAUGGAUGUUUUGUAAGGAUCACAGUCUGUAGUGAGGACACUUUGCUCUCAAGUUGCUGUCUUGACGUUCACGACUGACAACUGCAGAAAGGCUCCGUAAGUUCUCUGGAGAAAUGGCGACAACAGUGAAACUGAACACCGGUGCACAAAUUCCCAUUGUGGGUCUGGGGACAUGGAAGUCUCCCCCUGGCAAAGUCACAGAGGCGGUGAAAGCAGCCAUCUCAGCGGGUUACCGGCACAUCGAUGGAGCGUAUGCCUACGAAAACGAGGCAGAGGUGGGAGCGGGUGUUCAUUCCAUGAUCAAGGAUGGCGUGGUCAAGAGGGAGGAUCUUUUCAUUGUUAGCAAGCUGUGGUGCAUUUUCCAUCAGAAGUCACUGGUGAGGCAAGCAUGUGAGAAGACUCUCAGUGAUCUUAAACUGGACUACCUAGACCUCUAUCUAGUGCACUGGCCUAUGGGUUUCAAGGCUGGCAAUGAGUUUUUUCCUUUGGACAGCGCAGGAGAGACCAUCAGUGAUGAUACCCACUUCCUUGAGACAUGGGAGGGGAUGGAAGAGCUGGUGGAUGCUGGUUUGGUCAAAGCUAUUGGUGUCUCCAACUUCAACAAGGACCAGAUUGAAGCCAUUCUCAACAAGCCAGGCCUUAAAUACAAGCCUGCCAACAACCAGGUGGAGUGCCAUCCAUACCUGACACAGGAGAAGCUGAUCAACUACUGCCAUUCUCAGGGCAUCUCAGUGACGGCUUACAGCCCCUUGGGCUCCCCUGACAGACCCUGGGCUACACCUGAAGACCCCUCACUGCUGGAUGAUCCGAACAUUAAAGCCAUUGCUGAGAAGCACAAGAAGACACCUGCUCAGGUCCUGAUCCGCUUCCACGUCCAGAGGAACGUGAUCGUGAUCCCCAAGUCGAUCACAGCUCAGCGCAUUCAAGAGAAUUUCCAGGUGUUUGACUUUGAACUAACUGAGGACGAAAUGAAGACUAUAUUAGGAUUCAACAGGAACUGGAGAGUCUGUCCUAUGCAAUGGAGCACAAAGCACAAGGACUAUCCAUUCCACGCUGAAUUCUGAAAAUGAAAAACGCAGAUUUUCCACAGGUUUACAUUGGGAGCUGGAGUUUGCUCCUCUACCCUCUUUCCUGUUCUUCUGAGCAGUUUUCAGUGCUAGUGUGGCCUCAGAUUUUUAUUUUCCUGUUACAUUUCUCAAAAGAAACAAUGACUUCUUUUAUUACCUGUUUUGUCUCCAUAAAAAACAUUGUGACCAGUUGUACACAUCCUCCAAAGAACUUUUUAAAACCAACACUCCUUAUAUGGUGAUUUUCAUGUUUCUUUACUUGAACACAAUUUUAUUUUCUUUUUUCGCAGUCUUUGUCAGUGUGACAUUCAGUUACUGAUAAACCAAAAUGUGUGCCACAAGCAGUACAAUAAAAUCUUCUUAAAGUACCAGUUUUGAGAACAGAAUAAGCAAUUCCCAAAAGAAUUGAUGUUAGUGUUUUAUUUGUAGUUUUACAUGCUUGUGAUAUCACAUGUAAGAGGGAAAAAUACCUACAGUGUAGAUAAACUAAAUGUAUUUGUCAAAAUGAGUUUUUCAUAGCACCAAUAUGAUACAUCCAGAGAUGUGUCAUAUUACAAAACACUUGUCGUGUGACUUAACCCUGUUUUUUCUUGCAGUUUCAGUUUUUUUUCAUGUUUAUUUUUACUGUUUGGGCAGAUGCAUUAGUGCCUUAGCACUUAUCUCUGAAAGGGGAACAUAUUAUCUCGACUUGUUUUGGGACAACAAAGUCCUUCCUACCCUUUCUUAUGAGUCAUGUUACAGCACUUAAUAAUCAUGUGAAUUAACCCUGUUACCAAACAGUUGCUUUCUCUUCCCCUGUAAGCUGUUUUGCAAAGCACUGAAAAUAAAGUCCUGUGGAAGAAAAUAAAAA